AUCCUCCCAUGAAAGGAAUGCGCCCAAGCGCCGUUUGUGGCGGCCUUGGCGCUGCGAGCUCGUCUUUGAUCGAUUUUUGGAGGCGCAUUGAUGAACUCGCGUGGCAGGCAGCCCGGCUUUGUACUGUUCAACCUCUUUACCGGCCUCGGGGUUUGCGAUUACUGAUUACUCAGCCCUUGCAUCCCAAAAGCGACCAUGUUCCUGUAGACGACACCAUUAGUGACUGGGCAAAACGUCGAGCCCCCAUCGUAUGUGCUGUGAUGAUGUACAACGGCGGCUUGGACCACUCACCGGCUCGCCCUCGUAUAUCCCCACGGCAAUUGAGAACAACCGUGGACUCCAAUUGGACCAUUUCGCUUUCCGAAAACUGGCAACAUUCUACAUGGCGACUUUUGAUUCGGCUGUGCGUAAAAAUCCCAAGCUAUUCCCCAGGGUCAACUGCGCCCAGCUGGCCCUCCAGGUGUAGCUAUAAAAGAUGCCGUACAGGACAUGUCAGCACAGAAGCCUUCUCUCGUCCCCAACAUGAUACCACCGAGACCGACAUAGGGCAAAACAGCCACAGCCACAGCCACAGCCAUGGAUCUCAACGUCAUAGCAGUCGUUUCGGCGCUGCAGACAGUCGUCCUAUUGCCCAAGGAUGAACUUUUCGGCUUAUCAGCGGUCAAGGUUUGGCUUGGGUUGAUGUUGGCGCAGUGCCUUCUUACCAAGAUGUACAGCAUCUGCAUAUAUCCCCAUUUUGUCUCGCCGCUGCGGCAUCUCCCAGGUCCAAAGGACAACCACUUCUUCGUCGGGCAAGCGGCCAGGCUAAUGAUGGCGGCAGGCCCGCAUGACCUGUAUGAGGAAUGGGCUCGGAAAUGGCCCGACGCGCCUUUCAUCCGUCAGCUCAGCGUCGGCAACCAGGAGCUCCUCAUCGUCAACAGCCUUGCAGCGCAGCGGGAGGUCUUGGGAACCCACGGCAAUGAUUUUGUCAAAUCCGACCUCUUCAAUAGGCUGUUUGGCGAGAUCAUCCCGGGCGGGCUCCUCUUCACCAAAGGGGAAGAGCACAAGAGGCGAAGGCGGGCGCUGGCUGGGCCCAUGUCCCUACCCAAAAUCCGCAGGCUGGUGCCUGUUUUCCAGGAGAAGGCAAGGGGCUGGGUCAACUCUCUUCAGUCUGGGCUGGACGCUGGAGGCGACGGUGUCUGGGAAGUCGAGUAUAGUAUGCACGAGCUUCUCCUAGAGAUGAUCGUGGUCACUGUCCUUGGGGUGGAGCUGGCACAGAUGGAGUCGCCAUCGUCGAUGGGCUUCGCCGAGGCUUAUCAUAACCUUCUGCAGCCAUCGAAGCUCAGCAUGAUAAUAUGGUUCGUGAAUGCCAUGGGGCUUCCAAUGCGCUGGCUACCCCUUAAAAGCAACAAGAAGUGGCUCGAGGCGAACUUUACGAUUCAGAGCAUGAUCAAAGACGUAGCGCAUCGGAGGGCCGAGAAUCUAAGGGCGGCCGGUCGCAGGCGUGACGCCGAAGAUGUGUCCGAUACGCGCCGUGACCUAACGACCUUCAUGCUUGAAGAGUCGCUUUUCGGCAAAGGUGAACUGAGCGAGUCCGAGAUCGCAAAUGGCCUUCUUGAACUCGUCGGCGCAGCACAUGACACGUCGUCUUCUGCCAUUACGUGGAUUAUAUUUCAACUAGCAGCAAGACCAGAGAUGCAGGAGCGAUGUAGGGUCGAGGUGUUGGCGGUUACCGACGAUAUCGACGCGGGGAUGUUGGAGAACUUGCCCUUUUUGGACAAAUUCAUCAAAGAGGUCUUGAGGAUGUAUUCGCCAACGAUUGUUUCGCUCCGAGAAGCAGCAAAGGACAUGGUGAUCGAAGGCGUCCCGAUCGCAAAGGGCACCUCGAUUGUCAUCUCGCCGGCCAAUAUUGGACGCAACCCCAAGGUCUGGGGUCCUGAUGCAGACACCUUUGAUCCAGACCGCUGGAGUAGGCUCGAGGGGGACGCGGCCAGUCCCUAUGCGUUUGGUGCUUUCAACAAUGGGCCACGCAUCUGCCCUGGCAGGCAACAAGCAAUGCUCCAGAUGAAGGCCAUCCUGUGCGAGCUGCUCCGUGCCUUUCACCUCGAGCCGGUGGACACUGCCCUGAAGUUCCAGAACCCGACGGUGAUGUUGAAGCCCAAGGGCAAGCUGAGGGUCAGGGCGAGGCGGCUGGAGAUGUAGCCUGCAGAUGGGGAAAGAGGUCAAAGCAAAGCAGGAAAAUCAUUGCUGCCUUGAGGCCAGCUGGCCUGAUGCUUUUGUAGUAUUCUGGGCGUGUGGGUGAGGCCGCAAGGCCAGGGAAUUCACGUAACAAGUGACUAAAAGAAUCCCAUCGAUCUGUCUGGAAUUACAUGAUGCCGAGCCUGAAGCAAGUUGAUGCACCGUGUCAUGUCGGUGCUGGCACAGUCCAGCCGCGCCUCAGCUAUUUUUGAUGCAUCGAGGGGCGA